CGGGGAGUGAGGACCAUGUAUAGGCGCCGCUCGCAGUGUUGCCCCGGCUACUUUGAAAGCGGUGACCUGUGUGUUCCUUUGUGUACAGAGGAGUGUGUCCACGGCCGCUGUGUGUCUCCCGAUACAUGCCAGUGUGAGCCUGGAUGGGGCGGACUGGACUGCUCUAGUGGCUGUGAGAGUGACUACUGGGGACCUCAUUGCAGUAAUCGAUGUCAGUGCCAAAAUGGGGCAAAGUGUAACCCCAUCACAGGUGCCUGUGUCUGCACUGAUGGGUACCAGGGAUGGCGUUGUGAGGAGCCCUGUGAGCACGGUUACUAUGGCAAGGCAUGCCAGCUACCCUGCCAGUGUCUCAAUGGUGCCACCUGCAACCACGAGACAGGAGAGUGCAUCUGUGCACCGGGGUACUCAGGGGCUUUCUGUGGAGAGCGCUGCCCCUCCGGUAGUCACGGGCCUCAUUGUGAGCAGCGCUGCCCCUGUCAGAAUAGAGGAACGUGCCACCACAUCACUGGAGAUUGUUCCUGCCCUGCCGGGUGGACGGGUUCAGUUUGUGCCCAGCCGUGCCCUCUUGGCAAGUACGGCAUCAACUGCAGCAAGGACUGCUCCUGUCGUAAUGGCGGACUGUGCGACCACAUCACGGGGCAGUGCCAGUGCGCAGCUGGUUUCAGUGGACGCAGGUGUCAGGAUGACUGUCCUGUGGGCAGCUUUGGUCCGCAGUGUAACCAGAGGUGUGAGUGUCAGAAUGGGGCCAAGUGUCACCAUAUCAAUGGAGCCUGUCUGUGUGAAACUGGCUUUAAAGGCCCUAAUUGCCAAGAGAGAUUCUGUCCGCCGGGCCUCUACGGCCUCAUCUGUGACAAGUACUGCCCCUGUAAUACCACCAACACUGUGAGCUGCCACCCGCUUUCUGGUGAGUGCACCUGCACUGCAGGAUGGACAGGGCUUUACUGUAAUGAGACCUGCCCGCCUGGAUACUACGGAGAGGGAUGCAUGCUGCCUUGCAGUUGCACCAAUGGAGCUGACUGCCAUCCUGUCACAGGUGCCUGUGUAUGUGCCCCUGGGUUCAUGGGUGAGGACUGUGCUACAGUGUGUCCCCCUGGUCUAUAUGGACCAAGCUGCAUGUCCACCUGCUCCUGCCAUAAUCAUGCAUCCUGCUCUCCAGUCGACGGCUCCUGCAUCUGCAGGGAAGGCUGGCAGGGUGUGGACUGCUCCAUCCUCUGCUCCAGUGGGACAUGGGGUCUGGGCUGUAAUCAGACGUGCUUAUGUACCAAUGGAGCUGCAUGUGACCCUAUAGAUGGCGUCUGUACAUGCUCUCCUGGGUGGAGGGGAGAGCACUGUCACGAGUCCUGCCCUGAUGGCACCUAUGGGUUGGAGUGCCGUGAGCGCUGCGACUGUGCUCAUGCUAAUGGCUGUGAUCCAGUCAGUGGCUACUGCCGCUGCUACCCUGGCUGGACAGGAAUCCACUGUGAUAACGUGUGCCCACAAGGCUUCUGGGGACCCAACUGUUCAGUCAGCUGCUCCUGUCAGAACGGAGGAUCCUGCUCUCCAGAGGACGGCGCAUGUGUGUGCGCACCUGGAUACAGAGGGACCUCCUGCAAGAGAAUCUGCUCUCCGGGGUUCUACGGGCACCGCUGCAGCCAGUCGUGUCCGCAGUGUGUGCACAGCACCGGGCCGUGCCAUCAUGUCACGGGCCACUGUGAGUGCCUGUCUGGCUUCUCUGGCUCUCUGUGCAACCAAGUCUGUCCAAGCGGCAGGUACGGGAGGGCCUGCGCCGAAAUCUGCCUCUGUACAAACAACGGCACCUGCAACCCCAUUGAUGGCUCCUGCCAAUGCUUUCCUGGUUGGAUAGGAGAGGAUUGCUCUCAGGCCUGUCCCUCUGGGCACUGGGGCCCUGAUUGUCUCAACUCGUGUAACUGUCACAACGGAGCCCAGUGCAGUGCCUACGAUGGGGAGUGCAGGUGCAGCCCCGGCUGGACCGGACUCUACUGCACACAACGCUGUCCUUCAGGGUUCUACGGCAGGGACUGCUCUGAAGUCUGUCGUUGCCAAAACGGCGCAGACUGUGACCACAUCACUGGCCAGUGUGCUUGCCGAACAGGCUUCAUUGGGACGAGCUGUGAGCAGAAGUGUCCUGCUGGUACAUUUGGAUACGGUUGCCAGCAGCUGUGUGAGUGCCUGAACAAUGCUACCUGUGACUAUGUGACUGGAACGUGCUACUGCAGCCCUGGAUAUAAAGGCAUCCGUUGUGAUCAAGCAGCUCUGAUGAUGGAGGAGCUGAACCCGUACACCAAGAUUAGCCCGGCACAAGGCUCGGAGCGCCAGUCGGCAGGGGCUGUCAUGGGCAUCAUCUUUCUCCUCCUCAUCAUCAUGGCCAUGCUCAGUCUGUUUGUGUGGUACAGACAGAGGCAGAGGGACAAGGGGCAUGAGAUCCAGCCCAGUGUGUCCUACUCACAGGCGAUGCAUAUCACCAACACUGACUAUUCCCUGUCUGCAAUGAGGACAAGUGCUGCUGAGGUCAAUCAGAGCCAAAGCAGCAGCAGCAGUGGCCAGUGCUUCUCCAACCCCAGUUACCACACCGUGGCCCAGUGUAAUGUUGUCUCAACCAUCUCCAGCAACCUGGAUGGCACUCUGACCCUCAAAUCAAGCACCCUGAAAAGCAGAAAUGGCUCAGAGUGGAGAGCCUAUUGCAACCUCAAUGACAUAGAUUACAUCAAGGGCUCCAUGUGCAGCAACAGCUCCUGCUCCCUGAAUAGUGAGAAUCCAUAUGCCACCAUUAGAGACCCUCCAGGGCUGGCUUGCAAGCACACAGAGAGCAGCUAUGUGGAGAUGAAGUCCCCCUCCCACCGUGAAGUGCCCUUUGGAGGCACUGCCACCCUCCUGGGCAGUGCAAGCAGGAAUGUCUAUGAUGUUGAGCCAACGGUGAGCGUCCUGCAGGGACCCAAUGGAAUGGCCACCGGCUUCUCCCAGAGCCCCUAUGACCUUCCCCGCAGCAGCCACAUCCCCAGCCACUAUGACAUACUCCCCAUGCGUCACAGCCCCACGCACACACCCCCUCCACCCCCAGAAAGCCCCAGCUCCCUGCUCUAG